AUGGGGGGCAAAUCUGCGAACAAGGCCGGCUACUUCGACAAGCUCAAGGGCUUGCUCGAGGAGUACAAGUCCAUCUUCAUCGUCACCGUCGACAAUGUCAGCUCUCAGCAGAUGCACGAGAUCAGACAGUCCCUCCGUGGACAGGGUGUCGUUCUGAUGGGUAAGAACACCAUGGUUCGCCGUGCCCUCAAGACCUUCAUCCCCGACUCCCCCGAGUACGAGCGUCUCCUGCCCUUCGUCAAGGGCAACGUUGGUUUCGUCUUCACCAACGGUGACCUCAAGGACAUCCGUGACAAGAUCCUCGCCAACAAGGUCGCUGCCCCUGCCCGUGCCGGUGCCGUCGCCCCCUCCGAUGUCUGGAUUCCCGCUGGCAACACCGGCAUGGAGCCCGGCAAGACCUCUUUCUUCCAGGCCCUCGGUGUCCCCACCAAGAUUGCCCGUGGUACCAUUGAAAUCGUCUCGGACCUGAAGCUCGUUGAGGCCAACAACAAGGUCGGCCCCUCCGAGGCCACCCUCCUCAACAUGCUCAACAUCUCCCCCUUCACCUACGGUAUGGGUAUCGCCCAGGUCUACGACCAGGGCAACACCUUCCCCGCCGACGUCCUUGACAUUGGCGAGGAGCAGCUCCUGAAGUCCUUCGGCACCGCGAUCACCACCAUCGCCGCUGUCUCCCUGGCCAUCAACUUCCCCACCCUGCCCUCCGUCAUUCACUCCUUCUUCAACGGCUACAAGAACGUUCUCGCUGUCGCCAUCGAGACCGAGAUCUCGUGGCCCGAGAUUGAGGAGCUCAAGGACCGCAUCGCCAACCCCGAUGCCUACGCCUCCGCUGCCCCCGCUGCUGCUGCCGGUGGUGCUGCUGAGACCAAGGAGGCCGAGAAGGAGGAUGAGAAGGAGGAGGAGGAGUCUGACGAGGAUGGCGGCUUCGGCGGUCUCUUCGACUAA